AAGCGCAUUGUCGAUACCUAAAAGCGGAAGCUUUGGCCUCCAGAGUGACACUAUUUGCGGGGAAAUAGAAUGGGGGCCUGCAGGCAAAUGGACGUCCUUUCUAUGUUCUGUAUGUCCAACUUCAGCAUAAACAACGCCAGUGCGAGAAUAAUCGCAAGGAUGCGACAUUUUGUCGGGGUUGGCGCUUGUUAUCUCGAUACCAUCCUAUGUGUGCCCCGGUAUCCCUCUGAAGACGAAAAGCUGCGAGCUUCGAGCAUUACGACAAGACGAGGAGGGAACUGCGCGAACACUCUAGAAGUCCUUCAGGAUCUUUUUGGACAUGUCAACGAUCCUAUCGCCUUGAGUUUGAUCGCAGUGCUUCCCGACCGGCAAUCUAGUGCCACGACAAAGAUUGUGGACUCGCUCAAGCCUACUGUCUCAGUGGAAGCAUGCAUAUUCCGCGAGAACUAUCAAGAACCGCCGUCUAGCUACAUUAUUAAGAAUGAUGCUACGGGCUCACGCACAAUCGUCAAUCAUAAUGACCUGCCUGAGAUGACUUGCGAUGAAUUCUCUAAGGCCGCUGAUGUGAUAAACACUGAGGGUACUUGGUAUCAUUUUGAGGGACGAAUACCGGAUGUCACCCUCCAGUGUAUUCAGUAUCUUCGCAAAUCCUACGCGGGCGCUCAUAUCAGUGUAGAACUGGAGAAGCCCGGGCGACAGGGGUUACAGGAGCUUGUCUCGGAAGCGAACGUAGUGUUCUACUCCAAGAGUUGGGCAAUAGGUAACGGGUACCACAACGCUGAAGAUUGUCUUCGAGCGCAAGCAAAGUUGGCCCCGAAUGCUCUACUUCUGUGCUGUACUUGGGGUGAACAAGGCUCGUAUGCUUUAGAGCCUCGUACAGACACCUACUGCAGUGUUGCGGCAAAUAUGCCCAAGGAUUCAAGGGUAAUUGAUACUAUUGGAGCUGGAGACACGUUUAUAGCAGGGAUUCUGUACACAUUUUUUCACGAACACAAGACCCAAGCGUUGUCGCAGAAGCUUGCCUUUGCGAAUCGUCUCGCCGGCUUCAAGGUUGCUCAAGAGGGGUUUUCUGGACUUUCUGGACGCAUGCAGCUUCAGCCAUAAGAAGAAACUGCGCCUUGUGGGUGGGAGACGGUGGGUGUGCUGAGCUUAUCGCCGCCUCAUAUUUUGUAGUACCUACCUACAUAGGUAGGUACCCAUGUAAGAAUGUAGCCUUCAAGAGUGCCAACAGGUAGCUGUCCUGUACAUGGGGAUACCUACAGGCCUGGCAUCUUAUGACAGGUAAAUCGCCGGUAAAUCAAUCACACAUCUGCUCAAAUAAAAACUAAUCUUGCCCUGGUAGCCUCCUAGGAUUUCGUGCUUU